AUGAAGGCUGUGACAAGAAACAGAGUGAUCAACAACCUGUACCUCUCGACGUUCCUGAUAGCGUUCGGGUCUGUCGCCCUGGCAUCCGUGUUGCCAUGUCCCGCACACACUGUGAGUUCAGACACAUCAGAAGAGAUGACAGAUAAGAAUAAGAAGCAGCAAGAGAACAAGAAAUAG